GAGGAUCUAAAGCGGAAGUGAAAAAGGAAACUGGGAACUCACGUCCAGUUAGCAAAAAAGAGUUUGAUGGAGUUUUAACAGGGGGGAAAAAAAGUAUAUCAGUUUUGAUUCAACAAUGUCUUCAGUUCAAAGUAUGAGAAAGUUUGUCUGUGAUCGGCUAACUGCAGCUGCACAAGAAAUACUGGGAGCGUUUGAAACGAAAAUACAAGAUUACGAGGCAGAAAUCGCUCGUCAACGCAGACUGUUGGACUCCGCUUUAACUCCUGAGACCAAGUUACACCCGGCAGAGCUCACACAUGUCCGUAAGGAGGGGGAGGUUCUCCUGAACCAGCAACAGCGCUUUAACAAGGAGGCAAGCUCCAGUUUGGUCCCAUCAGAUCCUCCACAGAUUAAAGAAGAACAUGAGGAAAUGUGUGUCAGUCAGGAACAACCGCAUUGUGCACAGCAACAGGAGACUGAUGCCUCUAGAAAGACUUCCACUUGUGAGGAAAGUGUCCACAGUGAUCAGUCCCAGGCUUUGGACCCUGGCCAAACAGCGGAUAAAGAUCCUGGAUCCAGCAUCUCAAACAAAGAUACAUUAUCUGGAUCUGACAGAGAUAGUUCUGCACCAUUGGCACCAAACAGUGACCAGCAGCUCAUCUCUCACAACUCCCAUGAAGCUGACAGCCAAGAUCACAUAACUUGUACAGAUGGAGGUGCAUCACCAACUAUACAUACAGCUACAAGUACAGAGCAAUCAUCGGAUAACAAAAGCAACAAUGAGAACACAACAUCAGAAACUAGUAAUGAGCCAACACCAAAUAAGAAAUGUAAUGUUACGACCACAGCACCAACCAGCAGCACAGAUACACAGCUAACACCAAAUGAGAGACAUAAUGAGAACUCAACAUCAGAAGGAAAUAGUGAGCCAACAUCAAAUAAGAAAAGCCAAGAUGAGAACACAUCAGCUACAAGUACUGACCAGACAUCCAAUAAGAAAUGCAACGAUAAGACAUCAACUAGAGGCACAGAGCUAACCCCAAAUGAGAAACAUAAUGAUGAAAACACAACAUCAAAAGAAAACAGUGAGCAAACAGCAAAUAAGGAAAGCCAAGAUGAGAACACAUCAGCUACAAGCACUUUGGAAACCUCAGAUAAAAGCAACACUGAGAGCACGUCAGCUACAACUGAGAAAACCGCAAAUAAGAAAUGCAGUGAUGAGAACAUGGCAUCAACCAGUAGUACCGAGCUAACAACAAACAGGAAACAUAACAAUGAGAACCCAACAUCAAGUGGAAAUGGUGAGACAACGUUAGAUAACAAAGGUAAUGAUCAAAGCACAACAUCAGUCAGAAAUACUAAGACAGCACAACAAAAGAAACCAGACAAUGGAAAAACAUCAGCUACAACUACUGAGGCAACACCACAGAAGAAAGGUAAUGAUAAGACCACAACAUCAACUAGAGCCACAGAGCUUACACCAAAUGACAAACAGAAUGAUGAGAACCUAACUUCAAAAGAAAAUAGUCAGCCAACACCAAAUAAGAAAAGCCAAGAUGAGAACACAACAUCGGCUACAAGUGUUGAGGAAAUAUCACGUGAAGAAUGUACUGACGAAAAUGCAGCAUCAACCAGUAGUACUGAGCUAAAAACAAAUAAGAAACAAAGCAAAGAGAACCCAAAAUCAAGUGAAAAUAGUGAGACAGUACUACAUAAGAAACCUAAUGAUCAUAACAAAUCAAUCAGAAAUACUAAGACAACACCACAAAAGAAACCAGAUAAUGGAAAAACAACAUCAGCUGCAAGUACUGAGCCAACAACCCUGAAGAAAGGUAACGAUAAGACCACAACGUCAAGCAGCUGCACCAAGCUAACACCAAAUGACAAACAGAAGGAUGAGAACCCAACAUCGGAAGAAAAUAGUGAGUCAGCAGCAAAUAAGAAAAGCCAAGAUGGCAGACCAGUCUCAGUUGGAAGUGCUGAGCCAACACCAAACAAAAGAUGUUACAAUGAGAGGACGAGAUCAGCUACACGUACUGGAACAACACCACGUAAGAAAUGUAAUGAUGAGAACACAUCAAAUAGGGAUACUGCACAAACACCAACUAGGAAACGCAUCCACGGGAAUAAAGCAUCUACCAGAAGUACUGAGCUAAAACGUAAUGAGAAACAUAAUGUUGAAGACACAACAUCAACUAAAAGUACUAUAUCCACAACAAAUGAAAAAUGUAACGAUGAGACUGCAACAUCCGAUAGGGAAACUGAACUAACACCAAAUGAGGAACGUAAUAAUGAGAGCCAAACAUCAUACGGAAAUGAUGAGCCAAGACUAAAUAAGAAAUGUAAAAAUGAGAAGACAACACCAGCUAAAAGUACUGAUGCAACAGUCAGUAGAAAACCCAAUGAUGGUAAAGCAACGUCUACCAGAAGUAGUGAGCCAUCGCAAAAUAACAGUGAGAGCACAGCAUCAGCUAAAAGUACUGAACCAACACCAUCUAAGAAACCCAAAGAUGGCAAAAUAACAUCCGCUACAAGUACUAAGCAAACACAAAGUAAAAAACGUAACGAUGGGAGCACAAUAUCAACCAGAAGUAAUGAGUUGACACCAAAUAAGAAUUCCAGCAAAGAAAACACAAUGUCUACAAGGAGUAAACAGUCCAGACCUCAUAAGAGACCAAACGAUGGGAGCACAACAUCAAAUGGAGGUCCUGACCAAACACCAAAUAAGAGAUGUAAAGAGAAUACAUCAACCAGAAGUGAGAAACUUGAUAAUGAGAGCACAGCCUCGUACAGAAAUACCAGCCCCCCAUCAAAUAGGAAAAAAAGUGGGAACUCUUCAGGCGGUAGUGCCCAGGAUGAGGAUAACCCUUUCAAGUGUGACAGGUGCGGUAAAGUGAUGACUAAUUUCAAAAACUACAAAUUUCAUAUGAAAUCCCACACUGUUGAAAAGCGCUACAAAUGCGACACUUGUGGGAAAAUGUUCAGGGAGAGUUGGGAUUUGAAUAAACAUUUAGUAAUUCACUCCGUUGACAAGCCCUUUAAAUGCAAGGUUUGCGGAAACGGAUUCAACCGACGUUAUAACCUCGAUCUGCAUGUAAGGGUUCACACCGGGGAAAAGCCUUACAAAUGCGACACCUGUGAUAAAAGCUUCAGCUCAUUAGUGAAUAUGAAGAAGCACAAGAGAAUCCACACGGGGGAGAAGCCUUACACCUGCAGUGACUGCGGGAAGGAGUUCGCAGAUUCUUCAUCUUUCAAAAAUCACCUGCGAGUGCAUUCGGGAGAAAAGCCCUUCAAGUGUUCCUUUUGCAAGAAAAGAUUUGCUACCAGGACGACUUUGAAAAGGCACAACAGGACGCACACAGGUGAAAAGCCAUACAAGUGUGAUGUGUGUGACAAGGUGUUUGGUCAUAGAACGGACCUGAAAGGACACAUGAGGACAAUGCACACUGGGGAGACGCCUUACAAAUGCAGCAGUUGCGGAGAACAGUUCUCCACUUGGUCAAAACUCAACAAACACAAGAGAGUCCACACAAGUGACGAGGAAAGCGCCUCUGCUUAAAAACAAAACGGCAUUUGAUACGCAAUACUUAUAAAAGUAAAUGAAUUGCACUAAAGUAGAAAUUCUACUGAUAUUUUAACAUUUUAUUUAAAGAUAACUACUCCACCAAAUUUUCAUUGCACUUGUAAAACAUUGCUGGACAAAAUCAACAUCAGUGCAGCAGAACCAGAGAUAUUAUCUUUGUAAUGUAUUUCCCUCUUCCAUGACAAUCUCGUGACUACAAAAUCACAGAGUGCAGACAGUUUUGGGUGUGCUAGUAGUCUCCCAGCCCACAGGAAGCAUACUGGGCUUUGAAGCCACUGUGACAUAGUGGCCACACUGUGUAAUUACAACUCAUGUGAAGCACAGGCGCAAAACACUUUUUCCAUAGACGUACAUUGUGUACGAAGCAGCUGUAAAGCGGUGGAUAAAAUCUCUCGUUUGCAUGCAUUCAUCGGGGUCAUUUCUUCACGGCAGGAAGUGGCUUUUUGUUGGCUUCAUGCACCACAGAGCGACUUUCAUGCAAACAGAACCCCACCUCUAAUGCAGUAUCCACUUACAUGGGACAUGCAUGGUAGCCUUGAGCUGAUUAGGAGCAGGCUGAAGACGUCUGACAAGCUCACUUCUUCACUUCAGUGUUCAGUAGUCUUCGGUCAACUCAAUGACACUGCCUCAAGUGAGGUCACCUGAGACAGUUUAACAGACUCAAAGCAGCUCCCUCGGGAGCCACAAACUUUUUUCACAUCUGCAGUAGUAAUAAUCAAGACCUGUAGACAGACUUUGAUGUGUAAAAUCUGUGAAAAUCGGUUUUAAUUUUCUGUUUUUUUUUGGUUUUUUACUUCAAGGUCUUAAUCAUAAUGCCUUGUAUUAGCUGCAGGUAUUAAAUGUAUUAGUCCGCUUGCUUCGGACUUACCUGGUGUUCAGAUUAAGAAUGUUUUUUAACUUUUGAGGGUCUAUGCCUGGCACCAUGUCAUUAUAGUGACUUAAAAUGAAUAUUGUAUAUCAACAUGGUAACUUUGGGGAAUUCAGUUUAAGCAAAUGCUCAAGUUGUUGUUGAUAAAUGUAUUUCAGUAUUUACCAAAGGUUUGAAUGAUGGGAAUCUUGUUCAGAAACCGGGAAAAUUGGGCAAUCUUCUGCUUGGUUCGGAUGAAUCUGUUGCCUCUCAUUUUCUGAAGCCACUUACUAAUUUGUGGCAUAAAGACCGUUCUACUGAGAAAUAGUCAAAAACCUGGAAAUGGUUUUGAACAAUGCAGUUUUGCAUUUUCAUGAAGCAUCAAAGUUUCAUACAAACAGUUACACACACACACACACACACACACAAACACACACACAGAAAUGGUUGAUGUAAUUAAUUUAAUGAUCAUUGUUUUAUUCAGAGUUUAUACUGUUGAUUUUAUUGGGAAUGAGAAAAGACAUUACUUCAUUGCUGCCUUGAUACCUUCACUUUUUGGUAACAGGUUUGGUUUUAUAAGCACAGCCUAUCUCUCUAACCUGCAGCUUGCUCUUAAAACACACUAACUGAAUGUAUUCUGAAUAUUUUAUUCCUUCAAUCUGAAUAAAGUCUACUGAGCUCUUUUCCUUAA